GGUCCCUGUAGUUGUUGGUGGUGGAACCGGAGAGAAAGGGUCUGUUCGUGGAUCCGGGAGUCGGGCCCCGCUGUGAGGAAAAGAAUUUAUAACUCUUGCUGAAAUUGCUGUUGGAAGUGGCAAUAUCCAGGGAGGUUUUAUGAGUCUCCACUGAACACCAUGGAAAAAAGGUGAAAAUUCUCAACCAACAACGUAAGGGAAGGCCUACAUAGACUUUGGAUAUUUGUAACAUGAAGCCAAUUUAAUGGAGCAAGGGGAUAAAUGGGAUCCACAGAGACAGACUGCCUUGUAAUUUCUUCAUUGGCGGAUGUAGAAUACGUUCCUGUGUAUUGGCUGUAGAUUAGAGCAUUUCAGCCAAAUCAGUGACUUUUCCUCAUGGCCCACAGCAGCACCCUAGCAGUUCCAUUAUUAUUCUUGGCAUUGAAGAUCUUCAGAUGUGGAGCUGAAGAAGUAUCAUGUUGUUAUCAAGCAAGAGAGUAUCCAAUUUGCAGAGACGCUUGUGAUCAGCUAACAUCCACAAAAAGUGAGUCUCGGCUGAAACACCUUCUGCAGCGAUUACCUGGUUAUUGUCCAGAGUCUCUGCUUGAAUUCUGGGUUUGUAUUAACUCUUCUUUGCCUGGAGCAUCAAAGAAAACUGAAGGCUGGGUUGGCUUAGGGUGUUGUGAGUUGGCCAUUGCUGGAGAAUGUCGACGUGCAUGUAAGCAGGCUUCUUCAAAGAAUGAUCUUAAGAGCUGUAGAAAGGAAUUUGAGACUGCUUUUUUCAGCUGUGUGAACAGAAAUGAGAAGGGAUCCCUGUGUUGCAGCUAUGCAGGACGACACACAAACUGUAGAGAAUAUUGCCAAGCUAUUUUCCGUACAGAUUCUUCUCCCACACAGUCGCAGAUUAAAGCUGUGGAAAACUAUUGUGCCUCCAUCAGCCCACAGCUUAUUCAAUGUGUUGACAACUAUACUCGCUCGUAUCCAAUGAAAAAUCCCAUUGAUAGUUUAUAUUGCUGUGACAGAGCAGAAGACCCAGCUUGUCAGACAACAUGUCAACGAGUGCUGAUGACAAAAUCAACAGAUCAAGAAAUUGUUGACGGACUUAUUGAAGGGUGUAAGAAAAUGCCUCUGCCUCAGGAUCCACUCUGGCAGUGUUUUCUAGAAAGCUCUGGAUCAAGUAACCCAGAUAAUAGUACAAAUGGGCUGCCUGCUACAGCUGUUGAUGGUGCUAAGUUACACUGUUGUUCCAAAGCGAACACUUCUAUCUGCAGGGACCUCUGUAUUAAAUUAUAUAGCAGCAGGUGGAGAGGCACAACUCACUGGCAAGAAUUUGAUAGGGUCUGUGAAUAUAAUCCUCUGGAAGCUGCCAUGUUUACAUGCUUGGCUGAUGUCAGAGAACCAUGUCAACUGGGUUGUCAAGGUCUCAAGUACUGCACUAAUUUUAACAACAGGCCCACAGAAUUAUUUCGCAGCUGCAAUACUCAGUCAGACCAAGGAGCCAAGAAUGACAUGAAACUUUGGGAGAAAGGGACCAUAAAGAUGCCUUUUAUGAACAUACCUGUGAAAAAUAUUAAGACCUGUCAACCAGAAAUGUGGAAAGCAGUUGCCUGUUUAUUACAAAUCAAACCAUGCCACAGCAAGUCUGGAGGAAGUAUAUGCAAGUCAGACUGUAUAGAAAUUCUUACAAAUUGUGGAGACCAUAGUAAAUUUCCAACAGAGCAGACUGCUGAAACUAUUUGUAAUCUCUUGUCCCCAGUUGAUGAUUUCAAGAAUUGCAUUCCACUCAGAAAGUAUCUUGCUCCAAGUCCUUUCCACAAUAUUGUUGAAGAGGUCAUUCAUCCGUGUAACCCUAAUGUGUGCCCCAAUAACCAUGUGUGUGAGGUAAAUCGAAAAGGUUGCCAACCUGGGCAAGACUGUCUUCCCUACUUGUGUGUCCCAGGAUGCAAGUUGGGAGAGGCUUCUGAUUUCCUUGUCCGUCAGGGCACCCUAAUUCAGCUUCCUGUGGCAAAUGGAGAAAUGGGUUGUUACAGAGUGUGCACUUGUGGCCCAAGUGGACGCUUGGAAAAUUGUCUGGAGAUGCCUUGUAUUGAUGUGCAGAAAACCUGCAUUGUAGGAGGCCAGAGGAAAAGUCAUGGAACAUCUUUUAAAGUGGACUGCAACAUAUGCUCAUGUUUUGCUGGGGAGCUAAUUUGUUCAAACCGUCAGUGUUUGAGUGAAUACAGUUCUCAAACAGAUCGGAGUAUGUUCACAGGUCUUCCCUGCAAUUGUGCUGACCAAUUUGUACCGGUUUGUGCUCACAAUGGACGUACGUACCCAAGUGCUUGUAUUGCACGAUGUGUUGGACUGCAAGACAAUCAAUUUGAAUUUGGACCUUGUAAAUCCAAAGAUCCAUGCACUCCCAAUCCAUGUUCCAAAAGUCAAAGGUGUAUUCCAAAACCAAAGGUUUGUCUGACUAGCAUUGCCUUGCUUGAAUGUGAACAGUACGAGUGUAUCUCAAGAUCAAUGAGUUGUGAACUACUUCCAAUUGAACCUGUUUGUGAUACAGAAAAUGUGGAACAUGCCAAUCAAUGUGCCUUGUACCAAAGAUCGAAAACAUUGUCCUACAUGGGCCCAUGUCAGGAUAUUUGUAGGCAGCAGUCAGUCUGUGGUCAUAAUGGUGAGACCUAUGAUAAUCUAUGUGCUGCCUACUCUGAUCGUGUGGCAGUGGACUAUAUUGGACGUUGCCAAGCUGUAGGCAUUCUUCCCAGUAACACUUCUCAUCCAGAGUGCUCAUCUGUCACAUGUUCACCGCUCCCCAAAAAUGGAUGCAAGCCUGUUACUCCACCCGGAGCCUGUUGCCCACUGUGUGCUGGAAUGCUACGUGUAUUAUGGAGCAAAGAUCAGUUGGACAGCCUUGCAAAGUUAAAUGGGGGAAGACCAGUGUCUGUACACGACAUCAUUUAUAUUUUGCGUUUCCACGUUUCAGUACCUCAGUGUGAUGUUUUUGGCUACCUAAGUAUAGAAUCUGACCUCGUGAUCCUCAUCAUUCCAGUUGAUCAAGAUCCAACAAAAUUACAGAUUGAGGCUUGCAAUAAAGAGGCUGAGAAGAUAGACUCUCUCAUACAAUCUGGUAGUCCAACUUUAAUGGCCCAUGUACCUCUGUCAGCACUUACCACCUCACAGAUGCAACUUUCAUUAAUGGAUUCAUCUGACUCUGCAAAGACAAUCCUCUCCUCAGCUGCACUUUUACUAAGCCUAGUUGUUGCUUUGUCAGGAUUUUUAUGAUUCAGAAAGACAUUGCAUUUUUUAAAAUCAGGACAAGUCUGUAUUUAACGUGCUAUUGUGGAAUGCAUGCUUAAUGGCUGAACUACAACACCCUACAUAGAAAAUAUAGAGCAAGAUAAGCCAAUGAGUUAUACAAAAUUUCAACUUUGGCAUCUUCUAAAUGCAAGUAGAAUUCAAAAUAUAUCUUUAUACAGGCCUUUUUUGAAGGGCUUGGUUUAUUUUAUU